AUGCACAACUUUAGCACCGGGUGCACGCCUCCAUCAACGCGGGCCCACACCUCCAGCACAGCAGGACCUGUAGUACCGGGUGAGCACAUCUCCAGCAUCACGGUUGCACGCUUCAAGCACCGGGUGCACGCCUCCAACACCGGCUGGUCACACUCCAGCAUCGCGGUUGCACACUUCCAGCACCGCGGCAGCACACAUCCAGCAACGUGUGUCCACACCUCCAGCACCGGGAAAGCACCCCUUCAGCACCGCAGAUGCACGCAUCUAGCAUCGCCGAAGCAUACCUGUAGCACCGCGUGUCCAUACCUUCAGUACCGCCGGAGCAGUCCUCCAGCAUCGCGCGUCUACACCUCCAGAAACGCGGGCGCACACCUUCACCACCGCCGGAGCACAUAUCCAGCUCCGUGGGCGAACACCUUCAGCCCCGCGGUUGCACACCUCCAGCACCGCGUGUCCGAACCUUUAGCACCACCGGAGCACACUUCCAGCACCAAGGGUAAACAUCUCCAGCACCGUAGGUGCACACUUUCAGCACCGCAGUUUCACACCGCCAGAGCAAACAUUCAGCACCGCUGUUGCACACCGCCAAAGCAAACAUUCAGCACCGCAAUGUACACCGCCAGAGCAAACAUUCAGCACCGCAAUGCACCCCGCCAGAGCAAACAUUCAGCACCGCAGAUGCACAUCCCCAAAGCAAACAUUCAGCACCGCAAUACCGCACUUACAGCACCGCGGGUGCACACCUCCAGUACCGCGGGAGCACAACUCCAGCAACGCGGAUGCACACCUCCAGCAACGCCAGAGCACACCACCAGCACCGCGGAUGCACACGUCCAGCACCGCCAGAGCACACCACCAGCACCGCGAGUGCACACCUCCAGCACCACCAGAGCACACCACAAGCACCGCAGUGCACAACUCCAGCACCGCGGUGCUCACCUCCAGCACCGCAGUGCACACCUCCAGCACCGCAGUGCACACCAUCAGCACCGCGGUGCUCACCACAAGCACCGCAGUGCACACCUCCAGCACCGCAGUGCACACCAUCAGCACCGCGGUGCUCACCACAAGCACCGCAGUGCACACCUCCAGCACCGCAGUGCACACCUCCAGCACCGCAGUGCACACCAUCAGCACCGCGGUGCUCACCACAAGCACCGCAGUGCACACCUCCAGCACCGCAGUGCACAGCAUCAGCACCGCGGUGCUCACCACAAGCACCGCAGUGCUCACCUCCAGCACCGCAGUGCACACCUCCAGCACCGCAGUGCACACCAUCAGCACCGCGGUGCUCACCACAAGCACCGCAGUGCACACCUCCAGCACCGCAGUGCACACCUCCAGCACCGCAGUGCACACCAUCAGCACCGCGGUGCUCACCACAAGCACCGCAGUGCACACCUCCAGCACCACAGUGCACACCUCCAGCACCGCAGUGCACACCAUCAGCACCGCCGGAGCACACCUCCAGCACCGCCGGAGCACACCUCCAGCACCGCCGGAAAUGACAUUCAGCACCGCCGGAGCACACCAAUUGCCCAGCCGGAGCACACUUCCAGCAACGCAGGAGCACACCUCGAGCACCGCCGGAACAGACCUCUAGCACUGCGACUACACAUCUCAAGUACCGCGGUGUGCACACCUUUUGCACCGUAUGCACAACUUCAGCACCGGAUGCGCUCAUCCAUCAACGCGGGUCAUCACCCCCAGCACAGCAGGUGCACGUCUGUAGUCCCGAGUGAGCCCACAACUUCUGCACCGCGGAUGCACGCCUCCAGCACCGGGGGAGCACACCUCCGACACCGCGGUUGCACACUUAAGCAACAAGGGUCCACACCACUAGCACCGCGGGUGCACACCUUCAACACCGCGGUUGCACUCUUCCAACACCGCGGGGUCACACCUCCAGCAACUUGGGUCUUCACCUUUAGCACCGUCGGGUGCACACCUCAAGCACAGCGGUUGCACACUUCAAGCACCGCGGGUGCACACCUAUAG